AAAUAAAACCUCGCAAUAAAUUGUAACUUCCCUAAAAACAGUAUAGAUAAUUCCACAUCAAAAAACAGAUCGUUAGCAGUGUGCUUCUUUUAAUUUAUGGUACGUGUGGUUAGCGAUGUUGAAGGUUUACUGUCAUCUGUCCAGGUCUUUGUGAUCAUUUUAAAAUUUAGGGAGAUCCUAGGUAAUUUUUAAGGGAUGUUUAUCAUGGGCGGUAAAGGUUUUAUUUAAAAACAUUUAGCACUUCUUUUCCCCGUCCUAAAGUCCAAGCUCGAGUUGGUAAAAAAAAAAUCCAACGACAAAUGUGCCCACUUGAAGUGCACUGUUAAUGCAAGUUUACAAGAACAUAAAUACAUCGUACCGGUGUCGUGCCUCCUAAACGUCUUACGAUAGGAAAGUUCUCCAACAGAGAACCUAGUGAGUCUUCAUAAAAUGUUAGUAAAUCCUUUCACAUUAACGGAGAUCGCCGGCGGUUUGUAUCGGCAGAGAAAAAAGAUGCGUUUCUACCAACAUUUCCGCAAAGGAGCAAUUUUCUCUGAGAAAUCCUUGGUUGAACUUCACCAGACCCUUUUACGGUCCUUCCCGGUAAUACGCAGGCGUAACUUGCGCAGUGGUCCCAUUUUAAAAAAAGAUCCGGUUAUACUAUUUUUAUCUUGCUCUUUUGUUACGUCGGAGUAAUGUUUAAUAUCAGUCCAGCUACUGGUCUGUGGCUGUUUUCUUCUGGUAAAAUCGCUCUUGCGUCCUCAGCUUUUAUCUAAGGUGCAGAAGGUAUCACAGGUUUGGAAAUAGCGCCGGAAAAAUCGAUCCGCGGAGUGAGACGGUUCGUACCACACAGCAAGGCUCGGAGGUCAAGAUGGUGGUUGUAAAACUAGGGGUCGUGGCGAUUGUUUAGCAUUAAGGCCCGACAUGGAACCGGGGUGUGACGAGUUCCUGCCGCCGCCUGAGUGCCCGGUUUUUGAGCCUAGCUGGGCUGAAUUCCAAGACCCGCUAGGCUACAUUGCGAAAAUAAGGCCUAUAGCUGAAAAGGCUGGUAUCUGCAAAAUCCGCCCACCCGCGGACUGGCAGCCUCCCUUUGCAGUAGAAGUUGACAAUUUCAGAUUUACUCCUCGCAUCCAAAGGCUAAAUGAACUGGAGGCCCAGACUAGAGUGAAAUUGAACUAUUUGGAUCAGAUUGCAAAAUUCUGGGAAAUUCAAGGCUCCUCAUUAAAGAUUCCCAAUGUGGAGCGGAGGAUCUUGGACCUUUACAGCCUUAGUAAGAUUGUGAUGGAGGAAGGUGGGUAUGAAGCCAUUUGCAAGGAUCGUCGGUGGGCUCGAGUUGCCCAGCGUCUCCACUAUCCACCAGGCAGAAACAUUGGUUCCCUGCUACGAUCACAUUAUGAACGCAUUAUUUACCCCUAUGAAAUGUUUCAGUCUGGAGCCAACCAUGUGCAGUGUAACACACACCCGUUUGACAAUGAGGUAAAAGAUAAGGAAUACAAGCCCCACAGCAUCCCCCUUAGACAGUCUGUGCAACCUUCAAAGUUCAGCAGCUAUAGUCGACGGGCAAAAAGACUACAGACUGAUCCAGAGCCUACAGAGGAGGACAUUGAGAAGAAUCCAGAGCUAAAGAAGUUACAGAUUUAUGGGCCAGGUCCCAAAAUGAUGGGCUUGGGCCUUAUGGCUAGGGAUAAGGAUAAGACUGUGCGUAAGAAAGUCACAUGCACCCCGGCUGUUACGGUGAAGGACCAGCGAAGUGGAGAUGGGAACAUGUCAUCAGCAUUGCUCAAGCAGCACUAUAGCCUAGAGCCCUGCACUAAGACGACUAUGCAGCUACGAAAGAAUCACAGCAGUGCCCAGUUUAUUGACUCGUAUAUUUGCCAGAUAUGCUCUCGUGGGGAUGAAGAUGAUAAGCUGCUUUUCUGUGAUGGCUGUGAUGACAAUUACCACAUCUACUGCUUGUUGCCACCCCUUCCUGAAAUCCCCAGAGGCAUCUGGAGGUGCCCAAAAUGUAUCUUGGCGGAGUGUAAACAGCCUCCUGAAGCUUUCGGAUUUGAACAGGCUACCCAGGAGUACACUUUGCAGAGUUUUGGUGAAAUGGCUGAUUCCUUCAAGUCUGACUACUUCAACAUGCCUGUACAUAUGGUGCCUACAGAACUUGUAGAGAAGGAAUUCUGGAGGCUGGUGAGCAGCAUUGAUGAGGAUGUGACAGUUGAAUAUGGAGCUGAUAUUCAUUCCAAGGAAUUUGGCAGUGGCUUUCCGGUCAGCAAUAGCAAACGAAAUUUAUCUCCUGAGGAGAAGGAAUAUGCGACCAGUGGUUGGAACCUGAAUGUGAUGCCGGUGCUAGAUCAGUCUGUUCUCUGUCACAUCAAUGCAGACAUCUCAGGCAUGAAGGUGCCCUGGCUGUACGUGGGCAUGGUUUUCUCAGCAUUUUGUUGGCAUAUUGAGGAUCACUGGAGUUACUCUAUUAACUACCUGCACUGGGGUGAACCAAAGACCUGGUAUGGUGUACCCUCCCUGGCAGCAGAGCAUUUGGAAGAGGUGAUGAAGAGGCUGACACCUGAGCUGUUUGAUAGCCAGCCUGACCUCCUACACCAGCUUGUCACUCUCAUGAAUCCCAACACUUUGAUGUCCCAUGGUGUGCCAGUUGUCCGCACAAACCAAUGUGCAGGGGAAUUUGUCAUCACUUUUCCUCGUGCUUACCACAGUGGUUUUAACCAAGGAUACAAUUUUGCUGAAGCUGUCAACUUUUGCACUGCUGACUGGCUACCUGCUGGACGCCAGUGCAUUGAACACUACCGCCGGCUCCGGCGCUAUUGUGUCUUCUCCCAUGAGGAGCUCAUCUGCAAGAUGGCUGCCUUCCCAGAGACGUUGGAUCUCAAUCUAGCAGUGGCUGUGCACAAGGAGAUGUUCAUUAUGGUUCAGGAGGAGCGACGUCUACGAAAGGCCCUUUUGGAGAAGGGCGUCACGGAGGCUGAGCGAGAGGCUUUUGAGCUGCUCCCAGAUGAUGAACGCCAGUGCAUCAAGUGUAAGACCACAUGCUUCUUGUCAGCCCUGGCCUGCUACGACUGCCCAGAUGGCCUUGUAUGCCUUUCCCACAUCAACGACCUCUGCAAGUGCUCUAGUAGCCGACAGUACCUACGGUAUCGGUACACCUUGGAUGAGCUCCCCACCAUGCUGCAUAAGCUGAAGAUUCGAGCUGAGUCUUUUGACACCUGGGCCAACAACGUGCGAGUAGCCUUGGAGGUGGAGGAUGGCCGUAAGCGCAGCUUUGAAGAGCUAAGGGCACUGGAGUCUGAGGCUCGUGAGAGGAGGUUUCCUAAUAGUGAGCUGCUUCAGCGACUGAAGAACUGCCUGAGUGAGGUGGAGGCGUGUAUAUCUCAAGUCCUGGGGCUAGUCAGUGGUCAGGUGGCCAGGAUGGACACUCCACAGCUGACCUUGACUGAACUCCGGGUCCUUCUUGAGCAGAUGGGCAGCCUGCCCUGUGCCAUGCAUCAGAUUGGAGAUGUUAGGGAUGUCUUGGAACAGGUGGAGGCCUACCAAGCUGAGGCUCGUGAGGCCCUGGCCACAUUGCCGUCUAGUCCAGGGCUAUUGCAGUCCCUGUUGGAGAGGGGGCAGCAGCUGGGUGUAGAGGUGCCUGAAGCCCAUCAGCUUCAGCAGCAGGUGGAGCAGGCGCAAUGGCUAGAUGAAGUGAAGCAGGCUCUGGCCCCUUCAGCCCACAGGGGCUCUCUGGUCAUCAUGCAGGGGCUUUUGGUUAUGGGUGCCAAGAUAGCCUCCAGCCCUUCUGUGGACAAGGCCCGGGCUGAACUGCAAGAACUGCUGACCAUUGCAGAGCGCUGGGAAGAAAAGGCCCAUUUCUGCCUGGAGGCCAGGCAAAAGCAUCCACCAGCCACACUGGAAGCCAUAAUUCGUGAGACAGAAAACAUCCCUGUUCACCUGCCUAACAUCCAGACUCUCAAAGAAGCUCUGACUAAGGCACAAGCUUGGAUUGCUGAUGUGGAUGAGAUCCAAAAUGGUGACCACUACCCCUGUCUGGAUGACUUGGAGGGCCUGGUGGCCGUGGGCCGGGACCUGCCUGUAGGGCUGGAAGAACUGAGACAGCUAGAGCUGCAGGUAUUGACAGCACAUUCCUGGAGAGAGAAGGCCACCAAGACCUUUCUCAAGAAGAAUUCUUGCUACACACUGUUGGAGGUGCUCUGCCCAUGUGCAGACGCUGGCUCAGACAGCACCAAGCGUAGCCGAUGGAUGGAGAAGGCGCUGGGGUUGUACCAGUGUGACACAGAGCUGCUGGGGCUGUCUGCUCAGGACCUCAGAGACCCAGGCUCUGUGAUUGUGGCCUUCAAGGAAGGGGAACAGAAGGAAAAGGAAGGUAUCCUGCAGCUGCGUCGCACCAACUCAGCCAAGCCCAGUCCACUGACACCAUCCCUCAUGGCCGCCUCUGCGACUUCUAUGUGUGUGUGUGGCCAGGUGCCCAUUGGGGUGGGAGCUCUGCAGUGUGACCUCUGUCAGGACUGGUUCCAUGGGCAAUGUGUGUCAGUGCCCCGUCUCCUCACCUCUCCAAGGCCCAGUCUCACGUCGUCUCCACUGCUGGCCUGGUGGGAAUGGGACACAAAAUUCCUGUGUCCACUGUGUAUGCGCUCACGACGGCCACGCCUAGAGACAAUCCUAGCCUUGCUAGUUGCCCUGCAGAGACUGCCUGUGCGGCUGCCUGAAGGUGAGGCUCUUCAGUGUCUCACAGAGAGGGCCAUUGGCUGGCAAGACCGUGCCAGAAAGGCUCUGGCUUCUGAGGAUGUGACUGCUCUGUUGCAACAGCUGGCUGAGCUUCGCCAACAGCUACAGGCCAAACCUAGAUCAGAGGAGGCCUCGGUCUGCACUUUAGCCACUGCCUGUGACCCUAUCAGAGGAGGCAGUGGGAACACUGUUUCUAAGGUCCAAGGGCUGCUGGAGAACGGAGACACUGUGACCACUCCUGAGAACAUAGCUCCAGCAAAGGGCUCUGACCUGGAGCUACUGUCCUCACUGUUGCCGCAGUUGACUGGCCCUGUGUUGAAGCUGCCUGAGGCAAUCCGGGCUCCCCUGGAGGAGCUCAUGAUGGAAGGGGACCUGCUUGAGGUGACUCUGGAUGAAAACCACAGCAUCUGGCAGCUGCUGCAGGCUGGACAGCCUCCAGACCUGGACAGAAUUCGCACACUUCUGGAGCUGGAAAAGCUUGAACAUCAAGGGAGUCGGACAAGGAGCCGGGCUCUGGAGAGGCGACGGCGGCGGCAGAAGGUGGAUCAGGGUGGAAAGGUUGAGGAUCUUGUUCAGCAGGAGCUGCAGUCAAAAAGGGCUCGGAGCUCAGGGAUUACAUCUCAGGAGGGCCAAAAAAAAGAACAUUUUCAGGAGAAAGCAGACCGUGAAAAUAUAUUCCUGACACCUUCCACAGACAACAGCCCUUUCUUAAAAAGAAACCAAAAUAACUUACAACACAAGGAUUCAGGCUCCUCAGCUGCUUGUCCUUCUUUAAUGCCUUUGCUACAACUCUCCUGCCAUGAUGAGCAAGAGUUGUGACAGUGGCACCAAAGGUCAUUUGUGGUAGUUUUUGUUUGUUUCAUAAAUCGUACUGUCUCCUGGCCUGGACCUCAGAAGGAGCUUCUUGCCUGUUGAUAAUUUUUCACUGCCAAUAUUUGAUAUCCUCACUCCUAGAGAGUUAUUGUUUAAAGGUUGGUUAUUCAAGUCCAGACCCCGAUGCCCAGAAAUGUCUUGCCAGCCACAUUCCUGCUAGCAUACAGGAGUGAUUUUGUAAGCCAGUUCCAUUCUAGUCUGAAUAGAGACAAACAAAUCUUGAGGAAGCCCAAGUGCACCCCUUUUUUUUUUCCCCACCACCCUCUUUCUGUACUUCAAUUUUUGUUUGUUUUUUGUUUUUUUGUCCCUGUCAUAAAAUAUUUUGGUGCUUCAAAACUUGUACUUUCAUCGUACCUCCUUUUCUCUCCUUGGGUCUUAUUGUAAAAGGAAACAGUGUAUGGUGUAAUUACUUGUAAAGACCAAUAAGAAUAGAGAAAAAAGAAUUUCAUGACUCUACCUGUGGUCUAUUUUUAAUUUCUUUUCUUAAAAAUAAAACAUUAAGUGUGUUUGGAGACUGUGAAAA